AUGGAGUUCCCGAGAGCCCUCUACAACUGUUCCAAGCUGGAAGUUCUUGAUCUCUCACAGAACUUCUUUUAUGGUGCAAUCCCCAAUGACAUUCACCGCAUGUCUCAGCUUCAAGAGCUGAGCCUCGAAGGCAACAACUUCGAUGGUAACAUCCCAGCAUCUAUCGGGCGGUUGACAAAACUGAGAAAACUCAUGCUUAUCUCUUGUCCGUUUAUUGGUUCUUUCCCGCCAGAAAUUGGAAACCUAUCCAAUCUGGAGGAACUAGGAUUGGUCGAUAAUUCCAAGAUAGUGUCAACGUUCCCUUCGGAGUUUCGAAAGUUGAAGAAACUGAAGUUUUUAUGGAUGGCCAAGACGAAUUUGAUUGGAGAAAUCCCAAACACGAUCGGAGAAAUGGAAGCUUUGGAGCAUUUGGAUUUGUCAACAAACAGCUUGACCGGAAAGAUCCCGGACAGUUUGUUUAUGCUAAAGAAUCUAAGGAUUGUUUACCUAUACAAAAACAAAUUGUCCGGGGAGAUUCCUCGGGUGGUCAAGGCUUUGAACCUUGAUAUCGUCGACCUCUCAGAAAAUAAUUUGGCUGGGAUAGUUCCCGAUGAUUUUGGAAAGCUCAAAAAUUUGACAGGCCUGGCUUUGUUUCUGAAUCAGUUAUCUGGAAAAAUCCCAAAUAGCAUUGGUCGUCUUCCGAGGUUGAUACAUCUUGGCUUAUUUAACAAUAAUUUUUCAGGGAGUUUGCCUCUAGAAUUAGGGAGGUAUUCUAUGUUAAAAAGGCUUUGGGUUUCAACUAACAAGCUUACAGGCCAGUUGCCAGAACACUUGUGUGACAAUGGGAAGUUGGUGGAAGUGAUAGCUUCAGAAAACCAGCUCGUUGGAGAGUUGCCCAAGUCAUUUGGAAAUUGCAGUAGUUUGCAAUUAGUCAAGAUAUACAGAAAUAAUUUUUCUGGGAAUAUUCCAAGUGGUCUUUGGACAUCAUCGAAUCUGAACAUAUUGAUGUUAAGUGAUAAUUCUUUUACAGGCGAGUUACCUGAGAGAUUGGCAUGGAAUCUUUCACGAUUGGAGAUGAAUAAUAAUUUUUCAGGUAAAAUUCCACAGGGAGUGUCUUCCUCGAGGAAUUUGUUGGUUCUCAAAGCUAGUAAUAACCUCUUCAAUGGCACGAUUCCUCGAGAUCUUUCUGGUUUGACAACUCUUUUUCUUGAUCAAAACCGACUUUCAGGCACCCUUCCAUCAGAUAUUAAUUCAUGGAAAUUGCUGAAUACACUAAACCUUAGCCGAAAUGAAAUCUUUGGACAGAUUCCAGAGGAACUUGGUUCUUUACUAGGCCUUACUGAAUUGGACUUGUCAGAAAACCAGUUGUCUGGCCUAAUUCCAUCAAAACUUGGCCUCCUAAAGCUCACCUCAUUCAAUCUAUCUUCAAAUCAUUUGACUGGAAACAUCCCAAGUGAGUUCGAGAAUGAUGCAUAUGCCCACAGCUUCUUAAACAAUCCUGGUCUUUGUGCUAAUAGACCAUCUCGAUCUCUUAAUCUCGAGAACUGCAAAUCAGACAUUUUGUCAAGAUUGAUAGCAAAUAACCUGAUUGGUUUUGGUCGAUCAUAUCGUGUUGUCAUUAAUCAUUCAGGUGAUAUUGUUGUUGUGAAGAAGAUUUGGAAUAAUAGAAAGCUUGAAGGAAAGCUUGAAAAAGAAUUAAUGGCAAAAGUCCAAAUAUUUAGUUCAAUUCGACAUGCCAACAUGGUGAAGUUGCUCUACUGUAUCUCCAAUGAUAAUUCAAAACUUCUUGUCUACAAGUAUUUGGAUAACUAUAGCAUGGAUCGUUGGUUGCAUAGGAAGAGUAGAGCAACAACCUUUUCAAGUUCAGUCAAUCAUGUUAUCUUGGAUUGGUCUAAAAGGUUGUGUAUAGCAGUUGGAGCUGCCCAGGGGCUCUCCUAUAUGCACCACGACUGCUCACCACCCAUUGUUCAUCGAGAUAUGAAGUCAAGAAACAUCCUUUUAGAUCUCGAUUUCAAUGCACAAAUAGCUGAUUUUGGUCUAGCAAAGAUAUUGAUCAAGGAGGGAGAACUGGCUACAAUGUUAGCUGUGGCUGGCUCUUUUGGCUACAUAGCUCCAGAGUAUGCUCGUACAACAAGAAUUAAUGAGAAGAUCGAUGUUUACAGCUUCGGGGUUAUCAUUCUAGAAUUGACAACUGGAAGGAAAGCCAAUGAUGGUGAUGAACACUCAUCCCUAGCCGAAUGGGCAUUGUGA